AAUAUUAUCACCAGUGUAUCACUAAUUUGUAAUAAUUAACUUGAUAUGUCACACAUAACAACCACUUAUAGUCCGAAUACUUCAGAAUCAGAUUUAAAUGAGCUGUCAUUUUCAUUUUUUGAUUCAAAUGAAGAUGAAGAAGGGGAAGAAGAAGCAGAACAACUAGAAGAAGGAGGCGAAGAAAUCAACAGCAAUGAAGAAAUGGGCAUGUCAAAAGAAAAACAGUCGACUAGCGGUGUGAACAACAAUAGUUUACAAGUAUUAGUUAAUAAUAAGCAGCCAACAAAUAUACCUUCAUCAGGAUCUUUAUUCACAUCCUCUGUGUCAUUACUGUCCUCAGCAUCAAAUCCACCCGCACAGUGUAUAGGAGAUCCAAAAAGCUGGUCUACUAUAAGCAGUCAGAUGAAUACUGAACAGUUUGAUAAGAAAAAGAAAUGCGUUAAUUCAGCUAAAAUUGAUCGUCGAAUGGCUAAACAAAUGACUGAAAGGAAACGUCGUGAUCGUAUUAAUGCAUUAUUGAAUAAUCUGAGGACACUUAUCUUGAAAUUAUUACACAAAAAUCCUCGUCAUCAUAGAAAGUUAGAGAAAGCUGAUAUUCUAGAAUUAGUUGUAUCAUUUCUAAAAAAAGAACUGAAUCAAACUCGCGGGAAAAUGUCAUCAUCAGUCAAUCCGACGACUAUUAUUUCAUCACAACAGCCCAACAGCCUACCAAUCCUAUUAAAACCAACAAAAUAUCCCGCUAAACUUGAAUCCUGUUCAUCAUCAUUGAUCCAUCCACAGAGUUCAUCACUAAAUCAUUCAGAAUUAUUUCCAUUAUUGAAUCAACCGAAUAAUUAUCAUUUCGUAAAAAAUAAUAAUCAUAAUGUUGCAUCGAAAAUAUCUUAUCCGUUGAACGAUUCUAUUAUUCAACAGUAUCCACAUUUAUAUACCUCAAUGUAUCCGUAUGACAACUUACCUUGUAGAGAACCAUGUCAAUCUUUAGCAGCUUCGCAUUAUUCAACUCCAUUAACUACCUAUCAACCAGUUAUGCUAAUUUCACCUACAGAAGACGUUGAUGAUAUCAAUAAAGAAAAUCGAGUAUCAAUGAUGAAUAAAAAUCAUAAUUAUUUCACGAAUACAAAUUAUACUCCAUCUUGUUGUUAUAGUAACGAUACACUUGAUCAAUGUUCAAUAAUACGUCAACCAAUGAACACAUUGAACAACAACAAUAAUGAUUAUUAUCAUUAUGCUAACAAUCAAGCCUAUUCAUCACAAGUUCAAUUAAAACAAUCCCCAGAGUCAAUGAUGAGGAUGAUGAUGACGAAAUUAUAUCCUGAUAUUUUAAACAAUCAUCAUUUACCUGGAGAACAAAUAGCAAUACAAGGUGAAAAUUGUUACAAGUGUUGUUAUCUAUCGUCUACACUGCCAGAUGAUGGACAGUCUUCUCAAAAUUUUAUUCGAAAUAAUGAGAAUUAUAAUUACAACUGUAAUUGUAAUUGUAGUAAUCCAGUUGUAACGCUGAACAAUCGAAGAAUGCAUUCAUCAUCGUCAUCAUCAUCAACAUCAAGUAGUGGUGAAUCAACAACAAAUCAUUUAACAACACUAUGGAGACCAUAUGUUUGAUAUGAAAUUUGAUUUUUAAAAAGUCAUGCAUUUAUAUAUAGAUAUUUUCCUAAUUUUUCACAAGAGUAGAAGAGAGAAAGAGAGACAGUCCUUAUUUCAACAUAUUUUAUCAAUACAAAAUUUUGAGGAAUAAGCGAUGUAAUUUUUGAUAUUUUAUACAGUCUACUAACAAACUAUUUUAGUAGUA